AAAUAGAAUUUGUUUGAUUAUUUCUUUAGAAAAAUUGAAAUAAGCUGAAAUGAGCAUAUACAACGUGUUUCUAAGUUCCCACAGGUGUGACCAAUACUGGGAACAAAUGCUGUCUCCAUAUGGAGGGUUUAACCAGCGAACAGUGAUGACAGGAUUUAAAUAUGGAUUACAUACCCUAACCUUAAACCCUAAAGUCUUUAAAAACAGAUCACUAAUAGUUCUCCUCAGAAGUUAUCAGCAGAAGGAGGUGCAUUUUCUGUGGACUAUUUUUAGCAGUAGAUUAAUAGAUAUUUGGAGUUGUCGUGGGUAUUCCCAGCAGCUGAUCACACAGUGUGACACUGUGGCUCAUAUUGUUAGUGGACAACAAUAGACCUCUAUGGCACGAGGAAUAAGAUAAAUCAGGCUUUGGAUACACACACUACUCACCAGGAUGAUCAGAUCAUUGUUGGCAUUGGCCGUCUCAUGGGAUUGUUGACAAUGACAAAUAUAUAGAAGCAAUAGCAAGGGCAGGCACCUUCAUGGAAAAAAAUACAGAAAAAAGAGAGGAAGGAAGUGAAACAGUGAAUGAGAGAGGCGGUGAGUAAGUGGGUCAAUGACAGAGAGAGAGAGAGCAAACUGUGAGUCCAAAGAGGGAGACGAGUGGGAAACAUCAUCGAGAGAAAGCAGAGGGACCAGAAUUACAUCCAAAGUCUCUUUGAGCUCUGAUGAGCCAGAUCCUGACGGUACUGGGCCUGAUCCGGAUGCUCUGAUGGCACCAGACACAUUUAAGACGCCACCAGAGCUUGUAUGUAGAAACUAUAAUUCAGACGCUGAACUGCAUUCAGUCCUUUGUUUGAUCUGAUUGCACCACGAGGGUUUUUUCUUGGGCACUGAGGAACUCUACGGGUACCAGUAGCUCUCUGGAUGCUCUUCCAGAACCAGACUUUUGCCUCUACCAUCGUUUCAUCCUUCUUGGAUGCUAAAAGCUGAAGAGAAUCUGGAAACUUUGCCAGUUUCAAAUUAUUUUUGAACCCUUUAACGGCACUGAGUUCUUCUUGGACUGAUGUGUUCUGGACUCGCUACCCGUACCUCCAGUACUUCUGAUCAGCACUAAACCACCUUUCAUGUCUUGAAGUUCAACACUCCUUCUUGUUUCUCUGGAUCCUCUCCUGUGUCUGAUCUCCUGCUGCAUCUCAGGCACUAUUUCCAGACUACUAGUGUAAACCUUUUCUGGACAUUCUUACCUUCUGGGUUCUCUUCCACCGGUUUGAAGGCAUUUAUGGUUGCUCUCAUGGUGCCAGGAACAGUCCAGACCUCUUGCUGGGCUUUGGGGUGAGCAGUAUGGUGGCAGGGCAGAGCCCCUCGGCCUGCUGGGACAGUGGUUCAACUCUGGAUGCUCUGUGGAGUUCAGCAAACAGAACGGCAACAUGGGGAAACAGCUGGAGGAGCCCAGCACCAAGCGCAGUAAACCUGUAUCCAGGGUGACGUCUCUGGCCAGCCUGCUGCCCCCCGUCAAGAGCACACCACUGAAGAGGAUUGGUCAGACCCUGCAGUCUCUGUCCCUGCAGCGCUCCAUCAGUUUUCGUAAUGAGAGUCGGGUGGAGAGAGCUGCUCCUCCUCCAUCCUCCACAAUGAAGACACGUGUUACUUCAGCGACGCUCUCCAACCCUUCGUCCUCCAUGACUGGGACGCGGGUUGCCACGACAACGGCCCCAGCCUCCAAGCGGCGUGACAGCAAGCUGUGGAGUGAAACAUUUGACAUCCAGCUGGGAUCAUCGCAAACUCUGAGCCCAAAGGACAUAAAACGACAGGAGGCUAUAUUUGAGUUGGCUCAGGGUGAGCAGGAUUUGGUGGAGGAUCUCAAGUUGGCCAAGAAGGCCUACCAUGACCCGAUGCUGAAGCUGUCCAUCAUGACUGAGCAGGAGCUGAACCAGAUCUUUGGUACUCUGGAUUCACUGAUACCGCUUCAUGAAGACCUGCUGACUCGCCUACGGGAUGUCAGAAAACCUGAUGGGUCCACAGAACACGUCGGGCACAUCUUGACUGACUGGCUGCCCUGCCUCUCCUCCUACACGCCGUACUGCAGUAACCAGGUGAAAGCCAAGGCCCUGCUGGACCAGAAGAAGCAGGACCGGCGGGUCCAGGACUUCUUGCAGCGCUGUCUCCAGUCACCUUUCAGCAGGAAGUUGGAUCUGUGGAACUUCCUGGACAUCCCCCGCAGCCGGCUGGUGAAGUACCCGCUGCUGCUCAGGGAGAUCCUGAAGCACACAGCCAACGACCACCCGGACCGACAGCACCUGGACGAGGCGAUGCUGAUGGUUCAGAGUGUGGUAACUGACAUCAACAGGCAGACGGGAGAGUCGGAGUGUCAAUACUACAAAGACCGUCUUUUGUAUGAUGGUCAGAGGGACGAACUCAUCGACCGGUCAAAGACACUCAGCUGCCAUGGAGUGCUGAAGAACAACAGAGGACUUAAGCUCCAUGUGUUUCUGUUCCAGGAAGUCCUGGUCAUCACCAGGUCCGUUUCGAUGAACGACCAGCCAGUCAACUAUCACCUCUGCCGCCAGCCAAUCCCCAUCCAGCAGCUGGACUUGGAGGACCUAUCAGAUGGAGAGAUGAGAGUGGGUGGGUCUAUUAGAGGGGCCUUCAGCAACAAUGAGCGAACAAAGAACUUCUUCCGGGUUUCAUGGCUCACUGGAGGUCAGCUGCAGAGCCACUAUUUCCAGGCCAGUGACGCCUUCAACAAACAGCAAUGGAUCAACUGCAUCAAACAAGCCAAGGGAGCUGCAGCACUGACUGGAGACCAACCACCACAGACAGGACGUCUAGAGACGGGACUGGGUGCACAGAUCAGACAGAUGGAUUCUGGGCUCAAAAGUAGAAAAAUAGUGUGGGGGGAGAUGGAGACAAACCUGGGCUUGGAAGGAGAGGCUGGUUUGAAUGGAGAGAAAGAUCUUGGUAAAGAGGAAGUGGCGGAUUCGACUCCAGAGAUGGUGGAGGCAGAUUUAGAUGUGGAAGGUGGGACGUGUUUGGAAUUAGAUGGAGAGUCAGGGAUGGACGGUGAGACACAGACAGGGGUGGAGAUGGAGAUGGGACAGGUGGGGGUGGAGCCAGGAGCCACUACAGGCUGGAAGAUGGAUGGAGAAGUAGAGACUCUGAGCAGAGAUGAUGUUUCCACCUCCCUCCUCUCCUCUCUUUCUUCCAGUCAAGAGGAGGAGCAGGAGGUGAUGGAGGAGGAUCAGAAAGAUGCUAAGGAGGAGGGAGAGGUGGGCAUGGACACUGGUGAGGCUGACUCGCUGCAUGGUGAGGAGCUGACCCACAGGUGCUGAUGAAGGGACUAAAUAAACAAAGGCUGACACCCUGAAGACAGCCAAUCAAACUGGGUACUCAGUGAUGAUGUCACUGACAAAACCAAACAUGAAGGAUCAAACCAUCUUGAAUAUGGUAGAUUCCAGCCCUCAGAAGGAGUCACAUGACAAGCCAGCGCUCACAUCAUGGUCACAGAGACACUCAUGCAUGCAUUGUAUGGGCUGGACAUCAGACUCAUAUGUGGCUUCAAUGAAAACUACUCCACUGGUGCAAGGAUGUGUUACCCCUGCAAGGACCGCCAGCUGACUCCUGCUCGACCCAUUGACUUUACUUUGAGGUGACCCAAAAAUAAACCUCAUUUUUCUGGGUGCUGAGAGAUUUUUACACGCAUGAAACCUCCGUAGAUUAAAAUUUCAUAUAGAACAUGUAAAAAUCUACCUUGUUUGCAGUAUUACACUGGAAGGUCGAUUGGUAAAGUGCUUUUUUGAGGCACAGGGGAUUUUUGUUUUGUUGUAGAACCACAGAUGGCCACGAGGAAAUAUUGACAGCAAGAGUUGCGAUAAAGCCAAUAUUAUGUGUCUGCAGACAAGAAGGCAGCAGUUGUAAGAUCACACUUCCAGGACCCUCGCUGAAGUGCACAACUUAUGGCUUUAAAAGUUUAUUCCACCCAAAAUACUACUUAUGUUUUUAGCAGUUUGUUCAACUCAGAAUACUACUUUCUGUCAAUGUGCUUAUUGUUUUACAGGUUUCUUCCACCAAAAUAGUAUUUUCUAACCAACAAGGUCUUCAAGAUUUAUUCAACCCAAAAACUACUUUUUAACAAAUGUGUUAUGGUUAUUUCAUUCGCCAGCAUCUGUGUGUGCUGGUAAAUAAAAACUGCAACAACAACUGCACUUCAGCAAAUGGCCACUUGAGGCUGUCUCCAAAGUGACCCUUAUAAAAAUAUCAGUUUUGGUCUGUUUAGCUAAUUUCCACAUUCAUGGCAAAAGUACAGGGGCACGAUUUUUAUGUAACUCACCUGUUUAAAUUAUACUAGGGCUUAAAAGUAUGCAUAAUUAAUGAUGCUGCUGCUUUGAGUAACAGGCAGGUGCCAUUAUAGGACAGUCCAUGUCCCAGGGAUGUCCUAAGAAGGAUGUCAGGGCUGCAUUAUGUGUGGCUGAUUAGUGAUAUUGUAGACCUCCUCCACUCUUUAAAGAUGACUGUUCCAGUUUAACAUAAAUGGUUUCCUUCGCUCCUCUCUCAAACUAUCUGUCUUUUUCUGUCGAGAAUGUGAACAUUACUUUCCUCAGAGGGGUGUCCCUUAUCAUUUAGUACAGGUGGACUGCUGAGUCUUGUCCUGACGAGCUGCCCUCCCAUGUUGUACCAUGUGCUUUUGGAGCUGUUGUUUACUGUCCUGUAAAUAUACACCACCGUUCAAAAGUUUGGGGUCAACCAGGUAAUUCCAUGUUUUCCAUGAAAACCCCCACUUUUAUCCAUGUGCUAACAUAACUGCACAAGAGUUUUAUAAUCAUCAAUGAGCCUUUCAACACCAUUAGCUAACCAUCUCAACAAGGUAUGUUGAGACUGAAGUUUUCAGUGUUAUGGAGGUGGAUCUCUUUUAACCUACUAGAUCACCAUGGUAACUGAUAAUAGCUAAUAGCAGGAUAUUUCUAAGUGACCCCAAACUUUUGAACAGUAGUGUAUGUCUGCAUCAACGUAUGUGCAUCUAAAAUAUAAGGGACUCUAUGUUGAGGACAUCAGUUUUCAUAUUCUGGGCAGAAAAGAAAAAUGGUUUGAGAGUGUAAUCAAGGAAAGAAUCUAUGUUGAACUGGAGCAGCAAUCUCUAAACAAAGGAAGAGGUAUGACUCCAGUUGUCAGGUACUUAUAGUGCAGUCCUGAUACCUCUUCUCGGGCAGUUUCACAACAAUUAAUGCAUUGUGAGACUCAGGUCAUUAACUGGGAUGUGAUACAUUUCAUUUAGGAGUGAGUUUGAAUACCAGGGAUGACCCAAACUGAUCGUAAGACUGGAGAUCAUAGUAGCUUUAAAAUGCACAAUCCCGACACAAAUGUAUGCCUGAUUUCUUGUGUACACUGCUGUUGUGCUGAAAUGUGAGGAAAGCCAUAUUUCUGACUGUCAAAAAUGUUACUAGGGUAUUGAGUUUCUGUCCUACCUUCUCACAGUUUGUCACCCAUGUUCACUGGCCUGAGGACAGAAUGUAAAGAAGUACCACCUCCUCUGGUCACUACAAUAUUUAUAAGAAAGAGUCUCCACCUGUUGGCACAACCAGGCAUCACAGAUAAUCUACAAUACUUGAAGUGUGUAUUAUUUAGGGCAAUGAUGUCUGAUAUCAGCAGAUACUAAAUGGUAACUGACUCAAUCAAGACAUCCCUAUGAAACACCUGCAAUCCCUCAUCUGUCACUUUGAACUGAGAAAGCCUCUUGGAUGAAAGAGAACAUCUUCAAGAGACAAUAAAUAGAAAUCCAGCUGCUUUCUAAUGGAUAACUUAGGAUUUUGUCAUUGUAGAUGUUCCUGUAUUUGAACUCGGUUGUUUCUUUAAUGCUUUGGAUCAGUUCAUGAGCUUCAGCUGAGAUUAGCACAUAAAAAUGUAGAAUGUCGUGUUGUAUAUCGCCUCUUCUCUCCCCUGUUGUGACACAAGUGGUCGUCACGUAGGCGGCAGUCGGUCAGUCAUGGGAUUGAGGAUUUGAAUCAGAUAUCUCUCACGAUGUAACUGCUGUAUCCACACUGUGGUAACCAUGGUAACCCCAGUUCUGCAGAAACAGUCAACCUCAUGCGCUGUAGUCCAGUAAAUUUACUACCUGUGUGGAUGAUAUUAGGAGAACUGUCUAACACGAGAGACUCUGGUUUGCUGCCUGAAGUCAUUUUGAAAUGAAAAUGAGUCAAGCUGAGAUCACAGGUGCGACAGCAAUGCAGCAACGGGAGCAAAUGCUUCCUCAUUAUUCCGUUAGGGGGAGCAAAGGUAUGCUUUUUGCAACCCCACUUAUUGUCUUUUUAAUAAUAAACUCAUCAUCAUACAGUCCCCACAACCAGGCGAUUACAUUUAAACAGCAUACAUCAAUGGUGACAAGUAAUAAAAAAGAUCAAACAUU